GCAUUUGCAGCCAUCUUCUCUCCUUCCUGCACCGUCGAGCAUCCUUCCAUUCCCAUACCUCGUGUCGUGAGAGGAGAGCAUAGCAGAGCAGAACGUCCUUCCAUUUCCAUACCUCAGGAAGGCAGCUCAAUCCGCUGCGAUGGAUGACGCUUUGCUCUCGGCCUUUCUGCAAUCCCUUUACCAGGUCAUGGUGUACCUUCUGAAGGAGGAGCAGUCUGAACGCCAUCUCGAGGAAGGGAGGAAGCAAUUAGUCUCUAAGCUGGGCAUGAUCCAAGCUGCCCUCGGGACCGCCGAGAAGAAGACGCAGCUGUCCGCGUCGGAGGAGGCGUUCUUCGCCAGCCUGAAAGACGUCAGCUACCAAGGGUCGGAGGCGCUGGACGAGUACUGCUACGAGGUCCAGCGCCGCAAGGUGAUCCGUCCCGCCACCCGUCUGCGUAACAGCACCGUAACUACCGUCUUGAAUCCUUCACGCGCGAUGUUUAGGCAUAAUAUGGAGAACAAGUUCAAGGAUUUUGCCGACAGGAUUGAUGGCAUCAGAAAUAUACAAGAGAUGCUCCUGGACCUCCAAGCGCAGAAUGGUCAGCCAUGUGAUGGUGGCGGGAACGAGCGGACCUCCUUGCUUCCUCCGACCGUGGUGUGCGGUAGACACGGCGAUGAGGAGAAGAUCGUAGAGAUGCUUCUUCGACCUGACCCGAAGCCCGGCAAUGUCGUGGCGGUCUUGCCGAUCGUGGGGGAGGCCUACAUCGGGAAGACAACCGUGGCUCAGCUGGUCCUCAAGGCCGAGCGUGUGGCGAAGCACUUCGAGCUGAAGCUGUGGGUUCAUGUGACACAUCAGUUCAGCAUAGAAAGGAUCUUUUCAUCUAUCAUAGAAUCCAUACAGUGCUCUCAAUUUCAAAGCCAUAGCCUCAACACCCUCCACACGAGCCUGGACCGGCUGCUGCGAGGGAGAAGGUACCUCCUCGUCCUGGACGACUACUGGAACGAGAGCUGGGAGGACUGGGACAUGCUCAAGCGUUCGUUCCUCAGCGGUGCUCCAGGAAGCAAGAUCAUAGUGACGACGAGGAGCGAGAAUGUUGCUGGGCUUGUUCGUACGUUAGGCCCGCACAGGUUGCAGCGUCUGGAAGAAGAGGACUGCUUGUCAUUGUUCAGCCAGUGCGCCCAAGGCACGGAGCAUCAUGCACAUGUCCCAGACGACACAAGACUGAAGGAAGAAGUUCUACGCAAGUGCAGGGGUGUACCCUUCAUAGCAGCAAGCUUGGGAUACACCAUUAGACUGCGCCAGGAGAACGACAGAAGCAAGUGGGCAGAUAUUUUGCGGGAGGAGAAAUGGGACUCCAGCACCAGCCAUUUCAACAGAGCCCUACGGCUGAGCUACGUGCAGCUGGAUUACCAUCUCAAGCCCUGCUUCGCGUACAGCUCCAUCAUCCCGCAUAAGUUCCAGUUCGAGAAGGAAUGGCUCAUCAGGCACUGGAUGGCUCAGGGCUUCAUACCUGACGCCGGCAGCGACGAUACAGUCGAGGACACCGGAAGAGCCUACUUCAAGUCUUUAGUCAGCCAGUCCUUCUUCCAGAUAGCGCACGUCGACCGCACCGGGGAAGAGCACAGGUACGUCCUGUCAGAGAUGAUGCACGACCUCGCCUCGAAUGUCUCGGGCGCGGACUGCGGAUGCUACCUGAUGGGACGACAGCGCUACAGCGUUCCAGUGAGAGUCCGGCAUUUGACGGUCGUCUUCUGUAAGGAUGCGAGCCAAGACAUGUUCCAGGUGAUCUCCUGUGGCGAGUCCCUGCACACGUUGAUAGCUCUGGGUGGUUCCAAGGAUGUGGAUCUGAAGAUCCCUGACGACAUCGAUAAGAGGUACACAAGGCUACGAGCUUUAGAUCUGAGUAACUUUGGUGUGACUGCUCUGCCUAGAUCGAUAGGGAAGCUGAAGCAUCUCCGGUGCCUCCAGCUUCAAGGCACCAGGAUCAGAUGCUUACCCGAGUCGAUCUGUGAGCUGUACAAUCUUCAGACGCUGGGGCUCAGGAACUGCUAUGAGCUGGAAGAGUUGCCACACGAUCUGAAGAGCCUUUGCAAGCUAAGGCACAUCGAUCUGCUAAUGGCUCCUGAUGAUCCUCGCCACAAAGUCUGCAGCUUGAGAUGCAUGCCCAAGGAUAUAGGGUUGCUGACGAACCUUCAAACCCUGUCAAGAUUCGUCGUAAGCGAGAGGUCUGUCGUCCACCCUCACAGAGGUGGGAUAGGGGAGCUGGCCGAUCUGAACGACCUCCGUGGGGAGCUUCUCAUUUCAAACAUGCAUCUCGUUAAGGACGUGCAGGAAGCCACGCAGGCGCAGCUGAGUUCCAAGCGGUUCCUCCAGAAGCUGGAGCUCUCGUGGGACAACCAAGAAGAAGCUACGCAACCUUCCAAGAAGAUCCUCCAAAAGCUGAAGCUUUCCCCUAGCAGCAACGAGAUUGAAGAAGCCGAGGCAAUAGUAGAUCGCCUAAAGGCACCCACCAGCAUCAAGGAGCUCACCAUCUCGGGUUACACCGGCAUGGCAUGCCCUAGCUGGCUUGGUUCUGCAGGCUACGCGGACCUGGUCACUGUGAGCCUCUGCGAUUUCAAGAGGUGUGACACUCUCCCUUGCCUUGGAUUACUGUCCCAUCUGGAAAAUCUCCAUCUUAAAGGCUGGGAUAGCUUGGUCUCCAUCAGUUGCCGUGAGUUUUGCGGUGACUGUUUCGGGGAAAGUGGAGUACGCCGGAGCUUCCGAUCACUGAAGAAGCUGCAUUUUGAGGGGAUGACCAGACUGCAGCGUUGGGAAGGGGACGGGGAUGGGAGAUGCGCUCUGUCUAGUCUUCUCGAGCUUGUUCUUGAGAACUGCUGCAUGCUGGAACAAGUGACUCACAGCCUUCCGUCGCUGGCCAAGAUCACAGUGACAGGGUCAGUCAGUUUCCGUGGCCUCCGGAAUUUCCCAUCGCUGAAGCGCGUGAACGUAGACGCUAGUGGCGACUGGAUAUGGGGAUCAUGGCCCAGGCUUUCUUCUCCAACAUCCAUCACCCUCUGCAACAUGCCUACAGUGAACUUCCCCCCAAGGAUCGGACAGUUGCAUACAUCUUUGCAGCGCCUGGAGAUCAGCCACUGCGAGCAGCUGCAGCACAUACCAGAGGACUGGCCACCGUGUACCCUGACUCACUUCUGUGUGAGGCACUGUCCUCUGCUUCGUGAACUGCCAGAGGGCAUGCAGCGCCUGCAAGCGUUGGAAGACUUGGAGAUCGUUUCUUGUGGGAGGCUUACCGACCUUCCGGACAUGGGUGGUCUUGAUUCGUUAGUAAGACUCGAGAUUUCAGACUGUGGUUCGAUUAAGUCCCUGCCAAAUGGAGGCUUGCCUAGCUCAGUUCAGGUCGUGAGCAUUAACAACUGCCCUCUGCUUGCAAACUCUUGCAUCAAUGAGGGAAGUGCCUAUCGUGCAAAGGUCAAGAGGGUAUUAGUAUGGAUUGAUGGGCUUCUGCUUGACCGCUUCUUGUGACUUGUAACUAGCCCAGCUAUGUUAUCCCGAAUGGCCGAAUCCUGACAAAGAUCUAUGUAGAGAAUAGAGAUACUGAAGUACUUGAUGCUGUGUUAUUUCUUUGUAUUGAUCGAUGUAACAAACUUGAAAAUCAUUGGAACCUUCUUCAUCCA